UGAACUUUCUUAAUUAAGACAAAAUUGAUUCCUUGUACUAAGAAUAGCCUCCCAAUUUGGUCUGAAGGAAAUGUGAGCCACUUGAAAAGAGUAUUGUUUCCUGACUCAUCAAAUUACUGAUAGAAUCAUACUCUCAACAUCUUGUUUCACCAUCUGAGAACAGAAGUUUAUUUGUGGUUUCUUAUUAAAAUAGUAUUUAAAGCUUUUAUCUGAAAUAGCUUUUCAUUUUUUACAAUAAUGUGUACAGAGGGCUUUUUAAAUCUAAUUUACAGAGAACAAGGAUGCAAAUAAAUAUGUCGUUAUAUUUUGGAAUUUAGAACUAGUUUUAACAUUUGGACAUUAAAUUUGCAUCUGGGGUUGUCUCUGUUUCCUAGCAUUGCUUAAACAGGCAGUUCUGAUGAUUAGAAACUCGGUUUAGAAUUAUGGCUACCGCUUGUGUACGAGAAAGGGAUACGCCAAAGGAGAGCAUCACUGCAUAAUGUGUGACUUUAAUUUUCUGAAAUAGGCGUGAGAAUCACAAAUGUCGUCCAAUGGCUCCGUGCCUGCGAGAUCCAGGAACCUGGGGAAGACUUACGACUCCUCCUAUCGAGAUGGUACGCUGCAGAGCCUUCGAGACAGUGAGUUAGCCGUGAGUGCGGAUCCUCUGCCGCCUCCACCUCUCCCCUUACAGCCACCGUUUGGGCCCGACUUGAACUCCAGUGACCCAGAAGAACCGGCUCUGGCCCCAGACAUCAAGCCCGUCAGGAGGUUUGUUCCGGACUCUUGGAAGAACUUCUUCAAGGGGAGGAGAAAUGACCCAGAGUGGGACCAGCCCUUGUCUGAGGUGAGGUAUAUCUCCGACGGCGUUGAGUGCUCCCCGCCAGCCUCCCCAGGAAGGUCCACCGAAGAUCCGUCCCGAGAGCCCCGGAGAGAAGCGGACGCCUUCCUGCCUCCGGACCUGUACGGCUCUCUGGGGCGGCCCACGCCCACAGCGCUGACGUACAGCGAGAAGGUGGAGGAGUACCACCAGAGGUACUCGUACAUGAAGUCCUGGGCCGGCCUGCUCCGGCUCCUGGGGGUCGUGGAGCUGCUCUUGGGCGCUGGCGUGUUCGCGUGCGUCACGGCCUACAUACACAAGGACAACGAGUGGUACAACCUGUUCGGAUACUCGCAGCCCUACGCCAUGGGUGCCGCGGGGGGCCUGGGCGGCGCCUACGGAGGCUACUACUACAGCGGCCCCAAGACCCCCUUCGUGCUCGUCGUGGCCGGCCUCGCCUGGGUGGUCACCGUCAUCCUCCUCGUUCUGGGCAUGUCCAUGUAUUACCGCACCAUCCUCCUGGACGCCGGCUGGUGGCCUCUGACCGAGUUCGGGAUCAACGUCGCCCUCUUCGUCUUGUACAUGGCCGCCGCCAUCGUCUACGUCAACGACACCAAUCGGGGCGGCCUCUGCUAUUACCCUCUGUUCAACACGCCCCUGAACGCCUCCUUCUGCCGAGUCGAAGGAGGGCAGAUCGCGGCCAUGAUCUUCCUGUUCGUCACCAUGAUCGUGUAUCUCAUCGGUGCCGUCGUUUGCCUGAAGUUGUGGCGGCACGAAGCCGCCCGGAGGCACCGAGAGUACGCCGAGCAGCCAGGGAUCGGCGAGCCCUGCUUUCCAUCUAAAAGGACAACGCAUGAAACGCCUACUAGUGAUGAGAGACCAAGAGACUCAGAAGUUAAAGAAUUGAGAGCAACAAAAAUAAAGCCUGAACUGCUCAGCGGACAUAUCCCAUCAGGACACAUUCCCAAGCCCAUAGUGAUGCCAGAUUAUGUAGCGAAGUACCCCGCCAUUCAGUCAGACGACGAACGAGAACGCUAUAAAGCUGUGUUCCAAGACCAGUUUUCCGAGUAUAAAGAGCUGUCUGCGGAAGUCCAGGCGGUCCUCAGGAAGUUUGACGAGCUAGAUGCGGUGAUGAGCAAAUUGCCCCAUCACUCAGAGAGCAGACAGGAACAUGAAAGAAUUUCAAAAAUCCUCCAAGAAUUUCAGAAGAAAAAGCAUGAUCCCGCCUUUCUGGAGAAGAAGGAGCGCUGUGAGUACCUGAAGAGUAAACUGUCCCACCUAAAGCAGAGAAUCCAGGAGUACGAUAAAGGGAUGGACUGGAACAUGCGAGGUUUCUCCUAACCCUUAGACAGAAAUUGUUUUAUGUGGAAACGUGCUCGAUAUUUAUUUCCCGCCCCAUCUUCACCGAUUUCUGGAUCCACGGAAUUGGUUGCUAUGGGAACCCGCCUCUGGCCUGGGCCCCGCCUCUCCGGCCUCCGAUUCAGCGCGCCUUCCUUCAGAAGGAACUCGUCCCUGGGCUCUUUUCCAAAGAACGCUGGGCUGAUGUCUCUUGUUAGGACGGAAUAGCAGCCCCGAUGGGGAAGCCGCCCGCGCGGUGGCCCCCAGAGGAGGGACGUUUCCCUAUUCAGAGUCGCCGUCUGCUUCCGCGGCUGCCGGAAAUCGCAGGCUUCCUUGUUCUGCAGUGGUGCGUUUCCCCUCUUUGCCCAGCUGGCCAGACCGAGAGCACGGCCGGAGCCUGUCUGCAGGGAUGGCCACGUGGGAGGCCCCUCACAGGCGCCGCCUUCCAGCCAAUGGAGGAGCUGCUCCUCAGACGCGGCCCAUCCCGGACAUGCGCUUCCCCCUCAUCCUGGCCCCUUGGAAUCCUCAGGUUUAUGGACCAGUUUGGGGCACCGUCCCCUUGACCAGCAAGCUGAAGGUCUUCUCUCCCCCCACAGAUACCCUACAGCAGUCCAAACUCUGUAUCUUCUGUCUUCGCGUCAGUUCUAAGGAGGGCCAGGCAAUGGGGCUAAGUGACUUGUCCAGGGUCACCCCGCUAGGAAGUGUCUGAGGCCAGACUUGAACCCAGGACCUCCACUGUACGGCCUCGCAACCCCUCGAGUGCUUUUUCUGACCCUUCCUUUCGCCCCAUCGUGUUCUCCCUUGUAGUACAUUUCAUCGGUGUAUGUGUUGCCUUCUGCCCGUCCUUCUCUGCCCCCAUCUCCGGCCCCGACCCCACCGAGUCCAGCGCCUCGGCUGUAGUGGGCGCUUCAUAGAUGUUAGUCAUUGAAUGCCAGGGACGUGUGGCAGUCGGUCCUCCCGGUUCGGGCCCCCUGUGGCCCUCUGGGCGCCGUAGGGUGGGAGCCCGGGGGACUACUUCGCCCUUCGGGAGAGUCCGGUCCGGAAUUUCCCCUCAGCCAGGGCCUCGCAGCCAGUCACGGCCCUGCUUCUCUUCAGACGCGCGUACGUUACACCCUUCACGGGCAGAACGAAAUAAAGCGUACAGAAAACAACGCUCGGCCUGUGACAGCCCUGUCGAGGCACCCGCGGGGGCUCGUGGGAGUCGUCGGUGCUGAAGCCGCUUCCUGCGCGCGCGCGGGGUGAAAGCCCUGAAGAGCCCGGGCUGAGCGCGAUGUCUCUCCGAGUGGACCCUUCAGCUUGCGCUUUGAGCGUUCAGGCUCUCUGCUGGGAGAAAACAGGCCUCGGAAGCGGCCCCCACGAGCCUCCUUUCUCGUGACGACGGAGCCGCCCGGAAUGCUUCUCUGUCCAUACUCUGUUUGAUGUGACCGUGAGAUCAUAAGACCUAGGAAAACCCACUCGAGAUCCUAUUACAGCUGUAAAGAGAACCUCUGGACGUCUGUGUUACUUUUGUGGCUGUUUUACACGUCGGGCCUCAGGCUAUUAAAUGCUGGUGGUGUGUUAUGUGUUUCUUUUCA